UCCAAAUACACUGACAUUACCAUUUCCUUCAAUAGAUUUGCAGGCGACAUCUUAUAAAUCCAUGUUGAGUAACUUUUUCACUUGGUCGACACAGAAUGGCAGCCAAUCAAAGAACAUUUACAGAUGUACAGAGAACUGUUCUCUCUGCUCAUAAGGAGUCCACGACUGAAGAUAAGAUGUCCUUUUAUGACAGUUGGUCUGAACUCUAUGAACAGGAUAUGAUGAUUCUGGAUUAUCGUGCUCCUGUCAUGGUCGCAGAAAGUCUAGCAGCAGUAAUUCAUGAAGAUCGCGAUAAGGCAUUGGUCUUGGAUGUUGCCUGCGGAACUGGGCUUGUUGCUAAACAGUUGCAAAGAUUUGGUUUUCAUAACUUUCAUGGCGUGGAUGGUAGUCAAGAAAUGUUGGAAUUAGCGCGGUCCAAAUCAAUAUACCAAACACUUCAGAAAUGUGUGCUGGAUUCUGAGUUGCUUCCAGCGUCUUCAGACAGUUAUGAUGUUGUUGUGAUUGUUGGGGCAUUAAGUGGAGGGCAGGUUCCAUUUGCUAUCCUUCCUGAACUCCAUCGUGUUACCAAGCCAGGGGGUUUUGUGUGCAUGACUACCCGAAGCAAUACCUCAAAUCAACUCUACAAAAAACAACUACAGGCUGUCAUAAAGGAAAUGGAACAAAAUGGAUUGUGGGAAAGAAUUACAGUGCAAGAAAUAGAACAUUGGGAAAAAGCAAUAGCUGAAUGUGAAGCUGAACAAGGUUCUACAUACAUCUCUGGGACUAUCUAUUUGUACCGAAAAUCAAGGAAUUAGGAUUAAAUUUCUACCUGAGAAUAAUCAAACCAAAUCUUCAUUGAGGCUCUGUCGCUUCAGCAUGGAAUUUAAUUCAUUCUGACCAGUCAGAUGUUUGUACAAAAUACAGGAUUGUUGGUAACAAAAAUUGUUUUAUAAUCAUUGCAGCUAUAGGCUGAUUGACAGCCAUCAUUCUAGUAAAAAGUGUUUUACAAUUGGAAUGAGCAAAUUUAAAUUUAUCUGUGAGAAAUGGUGUACUCCAAAAUCACUGAUAACACCUUAGUUGGAGCAGUGUCAAUAAAAUCAGAAAAUACUAGAAAUAUUCAGGUAUUUCAGCAUCUUAAGAGAGAUAUUCUAAUUGCUAUCUCUGUGGCAGACAUGUAGAGUUAAAAACUGGUAAUAAUAGUAGGUUUCCUUUCUCUGCCUUAAAAUAUCUUGGAGUGUCGAUUUAUCUUUUUAAAGAAGUAUCCCUUUGUCUCACAAUGUCCAACUCAUUUCGAACUGGUCAGCACUGACCUACAAGUCACAAGCAUCAAUAACUACCAAGAAGGCCUACUGAAAUUUUGGAUGACCAACACAAAGUUAUUUAUUAAGAUAGCUUUCAAUCUCUCAAAAGUUGCUUGGCAUUCCUGUGACUACACUUAUUUUACCUGUUGCAAGUAAAUCAGUAUGGCAGCUAAAGUGCUGAAAUUUGGCCCAUAUUUGUGGUGGAAAUGACACGUUCAUAAAAACCACAUGAUUUCCCUUUUCAUGUUGGGCAGGAAGAUCCAUCAAUGUUAAUAUUUGUAGUUCUUCACAACAGCUGUCUCUAAACCAUUAUAGGUGCCUUGGGUGGGUAAAUAUCCAUGCUUACUAAGGCUAAUUCUUUGCAAUUUAUGGCAUUAUGUCACACAAUAUAAUCUUCUGUAAAACCUUCCAGCUGUUCCAUCUGGAAAAUGUAAUUUCAAGCAAGUUACUCUCAUGCAAACAUUUCUGUCCUGAGCCUGCUGCAAUAUGCUAACACAAGCUCAAGCAGCAACAUCUCAUUAUCUGCUGAGAUACUUUACAGUCUCUAGGGCUCAAUAUUGAAAUCCACUACUUCAAACAGAGCCCCCAUUUUCCCUUAUAUCCCUCCCACCUACCCCUGUAGCCUUGUUUGUGUCUUGUUUACAUUGCUGUCAGGGGAGACAUUUUCUACUUUUCUCAUCUUAAUUUGCACACAUUUUACAUUUCUGUUUCUCUUGUACCACAGUUGGAAUACUGUGUUCAAUUUUGGUCUCCUUGCAAAGGAAAGAUGUUGUUAAACUUG